UCUUAUCUUGCCUUAGCUUCUUUGUUGCUUCAAUGGAUCUUGCUCCAAUGAAGACUACCUUUGCUGUUCUUCAGCUUUUACUGCUCUUGUUGGGCACUGUUAAUGCCGCCGAGGCAUUUUUCAAGGCUCACCCACCAGUCCCACACCACCCGAUUCAUCACCAUACUACUCCACCUAGUCAUUCACCAGCUCCUGCUCCUGCUCCUAGCCAUCACCACGGCCACCACCACCACACUCCCCCUCCGAGUCAUGCACCGAGCUCUUAUUCCAACAGAAAGCCUGUGGCUGUGGAAGGGGUUGUUUACUGCAAGUCAUGCAAGUACUCUGGCAGUGAGACCCUUACCGAUGCUAAGACCAUCUUAGGUGCUGUUGUGAAGCUAGAGUGCAACAACACCAAGCAUGUUAAGACUGUAGAGGGAGAGACGGACAAGAACGGCUACUUCUUCAUAGAAGGACCAAAGACUGUGACCACCUAUGGGGUUCACAAGUGCAAGGUCUUCUUGGUUUCAUCACCUUUAGCUUUGUGCAAUAAGAAGACUAACCUUAACGACGGAGUUAGUGGUGCAACAUUGGUGUACGAGAAGACCAAAGUGUCACUCUCCUAUGCGCUCUAUAAAGUUGGGCCUUUCGCCUUUGAGCCACCCAAGUGUUAAAAAUAGUGAUCAAGAACCUCAUUUUCACAUUUCAAUCCUUCUAUUAAUUUUCUCUACUUUCUAGGGUUAGCUUGCGGCAGUUUUAGUAUUAGGGUUUGCUGUUUUUCUCUUUGUAGUAGUCACUGAAUAUUUGUGUGGUAAUUUUUUGUUCAUUUUGACAAUCAAUAGGCUUUUUAUAUGAUAAUAAAAUCAUUUUAAUGAA